GAGCCGGAGCCAGAGCGCGGGCAGCGCGGAGCGGGCGGCGGGAAGGUAGCGGUGUCCGGCGACCCGCCGCCCGGCUCAGUCCCCGAAAGACCCUGGCAUCGGACGCCCGCUGAGGCCAGGGGGAACCGGGGACUGCGCAAGCGAGCAUCCGCCGCCCGACUCCACCGUGAGCAGUCCGAGGUGAGCCCCGGAGGAGGGCGCGCCCACCGGAGGAGGUCCAGCCCCGCGCACUCCACACCGAGCUCACUUGUGUCCGGAGCCGCGGACGUAGCAGGAGGCGUCGGCCCGGAGCCAGCGCGGACAACGAGGCGAUCUGUCCCGGAGGGCGCGGGGGAGCCGGGCAGAGCGGCCGCGCGCCGAGCCAUGAGCGGGGCGCAAUAGCAGAAGGCGCGGGCUGCAUGGAGCGCGCUGGAACGCGGGGACAGCGCGGUGGCCGGCGCCUGCAUGGGCUCCCGCUCGCAUUCCGGCUGGCGCUGCUGCUGGCUGGGUCGCCGUCGGGUCGCGCUGGGGCUCCCGAGACGCAGGAGCCCGCAGCGUCCGGCACCGUGGCUCCGGAGGGAGGCGACCGCUGCCGGGGCUACUACGACGUGAUGGGCCAGUGGGACCCGCCCUUCAACUGCAGCUCGGGUGUCUACAGUUUCUGCUGCGGCACGUGCGGCUACCGCUUCUGCUGCCACGACGGCCCGCGCCGCCUGGAUCAGAGCCGCUGUUCUAACUACGACACGCCAGCCUGGGUGCAGACUGGCCGGCCGCCCGCCCGUGCCCGUGACACUGCCGCCCCGCGCGAUCCGGCCCGCGAGCGCAGCCACACUGCGGUCUACGCGGUGUGCGGUGUCGCCGCGCUACUCGUGCUGGUUGGCAUCGGGGCACGCCUGGGCCUGGAGAGAGCGCACAGCCCGCGCGCUCGGCGCACGGUGACCAGGACACUGACAGAACUUCUCAAACAGCCAAGCCCCCAGGAACCACUGCCUCCACCUCUGGGCCCACCCCUGGGUAACUGUGUCCAGGUCCAAAUGGGUGAUGGUAUUCUUCGGGGUUCCCCCCACAACAGCACAGACAAGAAACGCCUCAAUAAUGCGCCUCUGGGAUCUACCACCCCGGGACCUCCGCGCGGCCCCCGGCUGCAGGGUGGUGGCAGCCUGACGUUGCAGCCCGAUUACACCAAGUUCGCUACUCUCAAAGCAGCAGCCCUGAAGGCCACAGAGGCUGCACCCCAGGACUUCUAUCAACGUUUUCCCUCUACCGAGCCGGCCCCACGAACCCUCCCAGCGCGGGGCCCGCGUAACCCGGAGGACUUGCCUGCGCUGCUCGAAGCCUGUCCCUGGGCCCCUCCAGGCUACGUACCUCCCACCGGCCCUGUCGCAUCGGUCCCCUAUGCAGCCUGGACCGCGGGCCGCCCCACGAGGCCGGUCCCCCGUGGCCACUUGGUGGCUCACGUCUCCCCUGCACCCCGGCGGCCCAGUCACGUGCCACGGCGUCAGUUCAGCGUGGAGAAAUUGCCCGAGGCCUUCAGCACACAGCCUACCACCUUUUACAGCAGCGCCGGCAGAGGGCCCCGGCACCUAAGCACCAACAGCAAAGCUGAAGUCACUGUCUGAAAUGGAACCACUGGAGCCUUCUGUGGGGUCUGGGGCCCCAGGUCGUGGAGUGGCAGUGCUGGCUUCGAUCCACACGGGACUAGGGACAUUUGGAGCCUGUGGCUAAGGGGCCAAAAGGGUAGGGCCAUGUGUUCUGUCCUUGGGAAUGCAGGGCUAUCCUUACCUGUGUAAAUAAACCCUCUAAUGUGGUUCCUAUCUCAAGGGGAUCGUCAGUCAUUGACCAUACAUGACAGCAGUGCAGGUCCGAGAAAAGUGGCCAGAGAGGACGGCUGGGUUAAUGCCAAACAUUGCUCAGAGCAGAACAAGCCAUAGAGAGCGGUUAGGCCUGUGUCUUAAGAUCUGGGUUCAGGGGAGAGGGUCCAUGUGCUCUUCUAGAGGCUAGCCCCUCCCCUCCCCACAGCUGAUCUCUCACUCAAGUUUCAGUUAGCUCAGCCUCGCUGAUCCUCAUGGACAUAGCCUGGCCCUGGGCCGGCUCCUAGCUUGCAGGCUGCUUGACCAGAUUGGCCCAGGGCCACCCCCCUAAUGGGUGCAGGCCACAUGGACAUCUGGUGCUCAGGAUAGAGGAGCCUAGCCUCCUCCCAGGAGCUGCUCUGGGGUUAGGGGGAUGGAGAUGUUGGAAUGGGAGCCUAGCAAUGCCCCUCCCUUGGGGUUGCUCCCACUGCACAGGGUUGGCACUGCUAGCUCUCUUUCCCCCUUCCUGCCAGAAGCUCCCAGUACUGGCUGAAGCCCAGCGUACUGUCAUUGCCUCUUUGCACCUUCCCCAAUUCCUCAGUUCCAGGUUCUGCUAUGUGUGGGGAUACCCUAGCUACAGUCCUUCCUGUGUUCCAAAGGGUGGCACACUGCUAUCAUUUGUUGCCAUCUCUAAUCCUAAGAGAUCUACGGGCUGUCUACAGAUAAGGU